GAGAGAGCAGGAGACACGGAGAGAAAGAGAGAGUGUGUGUUUUUGUUCUGGGCCAGAAAGGCGUUCUCCUGCCUCAGGAUGUUGCCUUUAAAGCUGAAGAAGUGGGUUUCCUGAGGAGGAAACGAUCACAGAAUGGACGAGGCUCAGGCGAGACACCGUGUUCCCAACAUUUCUUGAGCACAGGUCACCAGGCAGAACGGGUGCGAGCCUCAGUUGAGCAGAGCGGGUCUCACAGCUGGGAAAGGUGUUUCCCCUGAUGGAUCCUGGAUGCUUUGAGGCCUGGAUGACCUUCAAAGGAGAAUGCAUUUAUGAAUUUUGAACAAUGGACAAAUAACAAGUAGAGUCAGACUUGUGCUCUGGGUGAAUGAAUGGGUGUUUCUAUGCCAACUCAUCCUCUGGCAAGCAUCCAUCCACAUUUGAGGAAGGUGUCUACGCGUUUCCCAUGUCAGGUAUUUGACCGUCAGAGAAAUGAACAACGACAGCUGCAACCUCCCGUUGGACACGGACACAUUCGGCCUGACCUGUAUCUACGGCCUCAUCUUCUCUUUGGGUCUCCCCAGCAACCUGCUGUCUCUCUGGGGACUGUACCAACUGGGUCGCUCGGGCGGAGGAGGCUGCCAGCUGGUCUACAUCCUCAACCUGCUGCUGUCAGACCUCCUCCAGCUGCUCACCCUGCCACUGUGGAUCCUCUACCUCCAGGGCGGGCACAGCUGGCCCUACGGCCAGCUGACCUGCGAGCUGGUCGGCUACGUGUUCUACGUGAACGUCUACGCCAGCGUUAUGUUCCUGUGCCUGAUAGCGCUGGACCGCUGCCUGGCAAUUGUGUACCCGCUGAGCAGCCGCAGGGUGAGGAGUGUUAAGGUGGCAGCAGUGUCCGGUGUGGCGGUCUGGACCCUCACUUUCCUGUUCUGCCUGAGCGGGCUGCUGCCAUCUGUGUUUGACUCUGACAGACUGCUGUGUCUGGAGCAGUACCCCGUAAGUCCUAGAUAUGCCCAGUUCAAGAUCACCACUGUGGUCCUCGGUUUUCUGCUGCCAUGUGCCAUACUAGGCUACACCUCAGCCCACAUCGGGGUCACACUCAGGCGAUCUCCCUCCCUGUCCGACCACGAGCGCCACAAAAUCGUGGGCAUCCUGGUCGUCAUCACAAUCAACUUCAUCGUCGUCUUUGGGCCCUACCACCUCGUGGGCGGAUACAGGUUUGUGUCCUUGCUGCUGACGGAUGAACCGUGUGGUUUCGAGAGUUCCAUUUUCCUCAUCUAUCGCCUGUGCUACGGCCUGACCAGCCUUAACACCCUUCUGGACCCCCUGUUCUACAUCUUCCUGUGCGCCGACGCCCGGCUGGAGCUGCAGAGGUCCCUGCCUUGCUUGGGGCGGGGCCAAAACACUCGCGGAAAGGUGGCCCUCAGUGCCAGAGCUCAGGCAGACAACCUUGGGGGGAGUGAAACUGGACACAAUAACCUUCUUGCAAUUUAGCCUGGGUUUGGCUACUGACAUGACUUGGCAACUUGAGUCAAUGCAACUACACCACCCAGUGGAAAUAUUUCUGCUUGCUUCAUGCAAUUGUGUGGCACAAAUAUUUCAAAGUGAAGAACUGUUGAGGUGUUGCUUACAAUACUGUGUAUUUACCUGCAAAUAUAGAAAUUCACAGUUUGAUAUGUUGUUACAAAUAAAAUCAUCAAAGCAGAAAUAUAUAACCGUGUGAAACAUGAAGUGUGAAAUGGGGACCUUUCCAACUGUUUUUUUAUUGUCAUGACUAU